AUGUCGGGUGUAGCUAAAACAGCAGUCUCGGUUGAGGAGGGUGGAAAUCAGUGCAGAAAACGUUCCCUACAUACGAACGAUCAGUGCAAUAAUAAAAGAUCGAAAUCAGACGAAAUGAGUGCCAACGAGAAGAAAUCCAAUUUCUCAAUGUUAACCUCAAACUCUAAUGGGACUGUGAUGAUGAUGGCUAAACCUGGAGCAUCAGCCAAAAAGCUGGUGAUAAAGAAUUUCAAAAGCAAACCGAAUCUUCCAGAAAAUUACCAAGAGACCACAUGGAGCAAAUUAAGAGAGGCCGUUAUAGCUAUCCAAACCUCAAAGGCUAUUGCCUACUCUUUAGAAGAAUUAUAUCAAGCAGUAGAAAAUAUGUGCAGUCACAAGAUGGCAUCGCAGUUGUAUGUAAACUUGACAAACCUAGUGGAAGCCCAUGUUAAAGCAAAUAUAGAACAAUUCCUAUCAGAAAGCAUGGAUCGGCAAGUGUUCCUUAAGCGCAUGGAUGAUUGCUGGCGUGCUCAUUGCCGCCAAAUGAUAAUGAUCCGUAGCAUCUUUCUUUAUCUUGAUCGUACAUACGUACUUCAAAAUCCUAGCAUACACUCAAUAUGGGACAUGGGUCUUGACCUAUUCCGGCACCAUAUAGCAAUGAACACUCUUGUUCAGACCAGAACUGUGGAUGGCCUAUUAUUACUAAUUGAGAAGGAGCGUGGUGGCGACGCAGUAGACAUUUCACUACUCAAGAGCCUACUGAGGAUGCUCUCUGACCUACAGAUUUACCAGGAUGCCUUUGAACAGAAGUUCCUGCUCGCGACUGAACGUCUGUACGCGGCGGAGGGCCAGCGGCUAAUGCGCGAGUUGCCCGUACCCCAAUACUUGGCGCACGUCGAGAAACGGCUGCGGGAAGAGAACGAACGACUGCUGCACUACCUCGACCACUCUACCAAAUGGCAGUUGAUUCACACUGUUGAGCGGCAGUUGCUCAGCGAACACUUGAGUGGUAUCCUGAGCAAGGGAUUAGAAGCGUUGAUGGACGGGCCGCGUUUAUCCGAUCUGAGCACCCUGUAUAGUUUGUUCAGCCGAGUCAAGGACGGACUCAACGAACUUUGCAACCAUUUCAACGCAUACAUCAAGAAAAAAGGUCGCACGAUAGUAAUAGAGCCAGAGCGGGACAAGAGUAUGGUAGCGGAAUUACUAGACUUCAAGGAACAACUCGACCACGUGGUCUCCGCCUGCUUCCAGCGGAAUGAGCGCUUCACGUACUCCGUGAGGGAAGCCUUCGAGCACUUCAUCAAUCAGCGCCAGAACAAACCCGCCGAGCUCAUUGCCAAAUUCGUCGACGUAAAACUGCGCGCUGGCAACAAGGAGGCCACAGAGGAGGAGCUAGAAAGACUACUGGAUAAAAUCAUGGUCCUUUUCCGAUUCAUACACGGAAAGGACGUUUUCGAAGCAUUCUAUAAAAAAGACUUGGCCAAAAGGCUAUUGGUCGGCAAGUCAGCUUCAGUGGACGCGGAGAAAUCGAUGCUGAGUAAAUUGAAGCAGGAAUGUGGAGGCGGAUUUACCUGCAAACUAGAAGGAAUGUUCAAAGAUAUGGAGCUGUCUAAGGAUAUCAAUAUAACUUACAAACAGCACCUCGCCGGGUCUGGCUCGACGGGCGCCGGCUCAGGGCUCGAGCUGUCCGUCCACGUGCUCACGUCCGGGUUCUGGCCCACAUACGCGGUGGCGGAGGCGCGGCUCCCGGGAGCCCUGGCGGCCCAUCAGGACCACUUUGCCAAGUUCUACCUCGCCAAGCACUCCGGCCGCAAGCUGCAGUGGCAGCACACGCUCGGACACUGCGUGCUGCGCGCGCACUUCGCACAGGGUAACAAAGAGUUACAGGUUUCACUAUUUCAAGCGCUAGUUCUACUACUGUUCAACGACGGCGACAACCUAUCAUUCGAGGAAAUUAAAGCCAACACGAACAUAGAGGCUGGUGAACUACGCCGCACGCUGCAAUCUCUAGCUUGUGGUAAAGCGCGCGUUCUAGGCAAAUGGCCGCGCGGUCGAGAAGUACAAGAUGCAGAUACAUUCGCCUUCAACAACGACUUCACCAAUAAACUGUUCCGCAUCAAGAUCAACCAAAUACAAAUGAAGGAGACGAGCGAGGAACAGAAGGCGACGGAGGAACGGGUGUUCCAGGACAGGCAGUACCAGAUCGACGCGGCCAUCGUUCGCGUCAUGAAGAUGCGAAAGGCGUUAUCUCACAACCUGCUCAUAUCCGAGCUAUACAACCAACUCAAGUUCCCCGUCAAGCCCGCCGACCUGAAGAAGCGCAUCGAGUCAUUGAUGGACCGCGACUACAUGGAGCGCGACCGCGAUAACCCCAACCAGUACAACUACGUGGCGUAA